CAGUUUCUUUAUACACCCAGAUGUGAUAUAUACAACUUUUAGAAAACAUCAUAUAUUUCUAAGUUUGCUGCAAGAAAUCUUUACAGGGGUUUUCUUCUUGAUUAAUUUUUUAGUCGCUGCAGGAAUGGAAAUUGAAGUUAGGAUCAGCGAAGCCCUUUUUCCUGAGAACGAACUCAAAGACAUGGUUGGAUUCAAGAGAGGACCCGAUUACGUUGAAGUAAAGUGUGGAUGUACGAGUAGGAAGUACGGCGAUGCCAUAGGAAACCUUAGAGUUCAUGCAAGUGGUCAAUUUCUGAUAACCUGCGAUUGUACUCCUGGAUGCAGGGAGAAGAGAUUCACGCCUUAUGAUUUUGAGAAGCAUUCAGGGAAGGAAGGUAGGAUCAAAUGGCCCAGCCACUUGUGGGUGCUAAUGAAUGAUAAAAAGGUGCCACUACGGAAAACCCCAUUGCUCAAGUAUUACAAGCAUGUGGCUAACGGAGCAAGUGGGUCGAUGAGACGAAUACGUCAUCGUGAUGAAUUCAUUCAGUGCUCGAGAUGCAAGAAAGAGCGCAGGUUUCGCCUGAGGACCAAGGAGGAAUGCAGGAUCUACCAUGAUGCUGCGCUUAAGAAAAAGUGGAAGUGUGCUGAUAGGCCUUAUGACAAAAUUACCUGCAAGGAUGAUGAAGAGCGCGCCAGCCGCAAGAACAGCAGAAAUUGUCCUCGGUUACGGACGUGCCAAGGCUGCACUACUUGCGUCUGCUUUGGGUGCUUCAAGUGCAGGUUUCUUGACUGCAACUGCCGCACUUGUAUGGACUUCAUGCAUAACGCCGAACCUUAGGGUUUUCGUUCCAUUUAGAGUUGUCCCCAGUUGCCCCAAGUGCACUUAAA